UUCUGUACGGGAUUAAAGCGGGCAAUCUCGAGCGGGCAAGAUAGGCCCAUAUUGCCCGCACAGAUAGCCAGUCAGAACACAGGAUUCACUUCAUAUUGCUUAUGGGCGCUCUCAGCUUUAUUGGUGAUGACGCGUGUUUAACUGCAUGAACACCGCAAUAUCAAUCGAACGGAUCGGACUAAAUUGCUAUACAAGGCGAGCACAGGUGAAGGACUCGAGAAGACUGAUACUGGGAUCACUUCAUCGCUUCCACUUAGGAAGUAAAGCAAGGUUCAAGGUAGAAACCAGCGCCACCUUAUUCCAAACGCCUCCUUGUACGAUUUGUAGGGAUGACCAUGGAUUUAAUAAACAGUUCAACACCAGACUCUUCUAAUACAAAUAAUACCUCGACGGUUCAGGAAAACAUGGGUUCACUUGGAUUCUAUGGUACAGACGAAUAUAGCGCCAUUAUUGUAGCACUUCUUACCGUUGUAAUAGUGUUUGGUGUUUUGGGAAAUUUAGCCGUUAUUGGAACGCUAUUCCAACGCCAGCGUAACCUAAAGACCUCUAGUAACUACUUGAUCAUAAAUAUCGCCGUUUCCGAUCUCUUAGUUGCUGUCAUUAUAGCUCCACUUCGCUUUGUAGAAAUGUACCAUGGCUGGCCGCUCGGGAAUUUCUUGUGUCAUUUCUUAGCGCCUCUGCAAGACGUGAUUGUAUGCGUUUCUGUAGUCACACACACCUUCAUUGCGCUGGAACGAUACCGUGGAAUAGUCCAGCCAUUUAAAGAAAAGCUCACCAUUCAGCGAACAAAGCAAGUUAUUGGAAUCAUUUGGCUAACUUGCUACAUUGCAAGUGGGCUUCCUGUGGCUUUUGUGGUGAAGGAAAGCGUCGAGCAUGGACACCAAGUUUGCAAUGUUUCGUGGCCAUCGGAUCUUUCUCGUCAACUUUUUAUACUUUACCUAGUCAUCAUAUUUGUCUUUAUACCCUUGGUCAUUCAGACGUAUGCCUAUUCACAAAUCGUUAAAGUAGUUAACUUAGAAAUUACGGCUGUCAGGAAAGACGAGUUCGUGGAAAUUCGCGCAGUUAAACUUGCGCAAAGCAGAGCUCGCGUGCUUAAAACGUUAAUCCUGCUUGUUUGCGCAUUCUACAUAUGUUCCAUUCCUCGUGUAUUUACCAUGCUAUUGUGGGAAUUCGGCGGUGGCCUGAAAGAGAACCUCGAUUUCCAUUACGCCAUCACAAUAACUCUGAUUGUGUAUUACCUUAAACACGUCAUCAACCCAUUCAUCAUCUUUGGUACGAGUGCAGAAUUCCGCUAUAAUUGUGGCUACAUGUGUUGUCCACCAAGUGAGUAGGCGGGUUUGUCACAUUCACCACGACCAAAACUAGUGAGUAGCAACUGAUGAAAACCUGCUGAACUUUGGUUUCACUUCUGGAACUACAUUUCAGCGAUAGACCAGUGGAGCCGGAUAUGCUCGUAGCGUCCAAGAAAUGAAUGAAGGACUCAUGACGGUUUCACGUUUGUGAGAAAAGCAGACUGAACUUAAUUUCUGUUAACUCUUGCGUUUCCAAUCAGCACAUUCACUAUUUAUUUAGUUAUUGGGAGUUUCCGAAACGUUAGAAUCAGGUCUUGAUAACAAGAUUUAGUUCGGAAUUAUGCAUUUAUUGUAGGAGCAGGCAACAAACUCAUUUAUUGAGCAGCUGAGAUAAUUAGCAAUAUUCAAAUAUAUCUGAAGGAUACAUUGUAUCAGAUAGGGCCAUAGCUUAAUUUAACGUUGAAGAAAAAAAAACGCUUUCUCUGAAGAAAAAUCGUCAAUUUUUAACAUCCCAGUCUUAAAAUAUGAUAAAUGUCAAUAGCUCUAGAUCGAAAGCGUAUCUACACGGCCAUUACCGUACAACGUACAACAGCUUAUUAAAGUAUCUCGUAUAGCUGCUGAUUAUUUCAAGCUUUCUCACUAAAAUAGACACCUGUCCUAAAUCAGAUGUCCCAAAAUUGAGAGCCCGGAGAGCUGCCAUAUAUAUCUGAGGUUGGAGUAGUUUAACACAGCGGUCAAACGUCAGUCAUGCGCGAGGCAAUUAACGUUAGCCGGCCCACUAUUUGGCUUGUGUGAUUAAUUGUAAACUGUGUGAGACAACUUGGUUGUCUUCACGUCACCUUGUCAUCACAACGCCCGUACUUGCGCAGACGUUUGACUGUUUUUGUGGGAUAGUUUGGGAAGCUCCAUCUUCCCCUUUAAAAAAAAAAA